CCAACUUCUGACUUCCAAAUUUAAAGAAGAAAUGGUAAAAAGGCUGAUACACUAUUGCAAUGAAGAACAGCAACCGUUAAAAUGAAGUCGUUAGUUGCUCGGUGAAGCCCGAGAUGAGAGUGUAAGAGACCGAAGGAAGUUCCACCGGACAAACUAAACAAUUUAAGUUAGCAGUGAUUGACUUCAAAGACAGGAGAGAGAGAGAGAGAGAGCAGAUACAGACAUACACAGAAACAAAUAAACCACCACCUAUCACCUUUAGGAAUUAGGAUCUUCCUCUCCUUCGCGUUAACGCCAAUAACGAGGCAUAUUUUUGCCUUCAUAUUUAUACUUUCCUGCUACUUUUUAAUUCCUCCUUCUGUCUCCUUGAGGGCGAACUCUUUUCUUUGUCGAGAGAAAGGAAGAAGGGAAAGACUAAGAGGUUGUUUAGAGGUGGGGAAAUCCGUGGAAUUCUGGGGUUUGACCAACAUCUCGUGGUGACCCAGGUGAGCAAAUCUUCUUCUGUUUUGGUUUCUGAUCUCUGUUUAUUUUUGUUUCGUGUGCUUGGUUCUGUUCAAAUGUUUUAAAGCCUCCUUUGCUUUUUGGCGUUAAAAAAUUUGUUGCAAAGAUCUGUCUUUUAUGUUUCUUCCUGGAAGUUCGUUGGUGAUUAUAUGUUGUUAAUUGAUUUUUCUUGAAAUAAUAAAAAUAAAAAUAUGAAAACAAAACAGCUUUGCCUUGUUCGCUUGAGAGCCUUGAAAACUUAGCAGUGGCUUAGUGUUUCAGGAUUUCAUGGAUUGAGAGAAAAACUAUAAUGGGGAGUUACUUUGAAGAAGAGGAGGAUCAAUUCUUUGAUACCCGUGAGGAGAUUUCUUCUGUAUCUGAUAGCAGUUCAGUUUGUUCUGAGGAAUGUGGUUCUGGUCCUGGUUUUGGCCUAGUCAACGGCUUUUGGGAUAGUUUUGAUCAGUACAAGUUUUGGUCUAUGUUCCCAGAAAGUGUCGAUAAGCGUCGUCAUAGAUUCCGAAAAUGGAUGGGUCUAAGUUUAGAUUGGAAUUCAAUUACCCAAGAGGAUCCGGGUGGUUCAUAUAGUGAUGAAAUUGAAUUGGGCAUUGAUAGAAUCUCGCAAGAUAGUGGGGCUGUGUUGAGGACUUCAGGUCUCGAAGAUGGGGUAUCAUCCAACCGGUCUUUUGUAUCUUUUCGGUCUAAUGAUGCUCAAGAACCAGCUGAAAAUUGUUCAAAAGGGGAUUGUUUUGCACAUCAAGCCAAGAAUUUGGAUGGCCAUGUGGAAUUGCUUGCGGUUGACCAGGUUCAAAAUGGAACAAACAGCUGUUUACAAGGAAGGGGUUCAAGUAAAUCUGUUAGUUCUGAAGACUUUGGCAGGACCCCUAUGUCAUCUCCUUUUGUUGAGCUGCACUUGCAUAGAGAGGUUGAGGGAAGGCCUUCAAUUGAUGUGAGAAGGAAAGUGAAAAAGAGUUGGUUAAGGAAAUUAGGUGCCAUGGCUCAUAUUGUUGAAAGACAUGUUGAAGUUGCAUCGAAGCAUGGUAAUCAUGACUCAGCUUCAGGGGAAAAGAUGAAAAGAGUCAGGGUUCAUCCAUGUAGUAAGAGUUCCAAGGAGUUGUCUUCCCUAUAUUGUGGGCAAGAAUUUACAGCACAUGAAGGGUCAAUCUUGACAAUGAAGUUUAGUCUGGAUGGGCAAUACUUGGCAACUGCAGGUGAAGAUGGUAUUGUUCGUGUGUGGAAGGUUGUCGAGGAUGAGAGUUUAGACAAAUUGGACAUCCAAGACCUUGAUUCUUCAUGUCUCUACUUCAGAAUGAAUCAUCUUUCCAGGCUGACUCCUCUCAAUGUGGAUAAAGAAAAUAUAGAUAAAAUUAAGAGGUUAAGGAGAUCAUCAGAUUCAACUUGCGUCAUUUUCCCACCAAAGGUCUUCCGAAUUCUGGAGAAGCCUGUGCAUGAAUUUCAGGGGCACAGUGGGGAAGUUUUGGCUCUUUCAUGGUCUAAGAAAGGGUCUCUACUGUCAUCCUCUGUUGACAAGACUGUUCGUUUAUGGCAAGUGGGAUAUGACAGAUGCUUGAGGGUUUUUUCUCAUAACAAUUAUGUGACUUCUGUUGCCUUCAACCCUGUGGAUGAUAAUUAUUUCAUCAGUGGUUCAAUUGAUGGAAAAGUUCGCAUUUGGGAAGUGCUUCGCUGUCGAGUUAUUGAUUAUACUGAUAUAAGGGAUAUAGUUACUGCAGUGUGUUAUCGCCCUGACGGACAGGGAGGAAUAGUUGGCUCCAUGACUGGAAACUGCCGCUUUUAUGAAAUCAUAGGUAAUCGACUUCAACUCGAUGCACCAAUAUGCUUACAAGGCAAAAAGAAGCUACCUGGAAAAAGGAUAACUGGCUUUGAGUUCUCUCCUAGUGACCCAAGCAAAGUGAUCAUCACUUCAGCUGAUUCACUUGUUCGUGUCUUGUCUGGAAGAGAUGUUGCAUGCAAGCUAAAGGCAUCAGGCUUUCGGAUUGCAACAAGUCAGAUUUCUGCAACUUUUAGCCAAGAUGGAAAACAGAUCAUCUCAGCUAGUGAGGAUUCUAAUGUCUACAUCUGGAAUUACACCAAUCAAGAGAAGAACAGUUCAAAAGCGAAGACCAUUUUGUCUCGUGAGAGUUUCCUCUCCCACAAUGCAUCAGUUGCUAUACCUUGGUGUGGCAUUGAAACCAUUCCUGGAACGCUUAGAUCCCCGGAAUUGGGCGGGGAUGUGCAGAGAAAUGGCCUUGCAAAUGUGCAGAAACAUCACAAUCCAAAGGUGGAGCUGGAACAAAUAAUGCCCCACUCUUCACCAGAUUGUUUCUCUCUUACACGUGUUCUGUUGGAGUCUUUGACAAGGGGGUCUGCAACUUGGCCCGAAGAGACACUCCCCAAUGCGAGUCCGGCCACGAUUGCAUCUGACAUGUGCAAAUUCGAGUUAAAGGUUUUGAAAAGUGCUUAUCAAAGCAUGUUAAGUUCUCACAAGUGGGGUCUUGUCAUUGUUACUGCAAGCUGGGAUGGACGCAUUCGAACUUACCUCAAUUAUGGGUUACCUAUUCGAUUAUAAGACCCCCCAAAGAUUCAGUAAACUUAGGAUGGCAGUUCCUUUGGCUGUUUGAGCCCCUUAAAGACAGCUAUUCUGAUUGUUGCUUUCUUGCAGCAACCAUAGGUUCAUGUGGUCCUCCCUGCAUGUGGGUUCGGAUCCCACCAUAGAUUUUGAAGUGCAUUGUAGUCCUAUCAAUUAAUGCCAAACGGCAAUGGUUUAUUAAUCUGGGUGAAAUCCAGUCAGGUCCCAACAAGUGUUUGGGGUUUAAUUUUUGUCGACCUAUAUAGGUGUCAAUUUAUGUGAGUAUAAUUCUUUGAUUUGUUCAGAGACUGUGAGCUCUAAAAUAUGUGCUAAAUGGGCCCUUUUUCUUUGUGUAUACAAUCAUUUUUCCGCACAGUGUUGUAGAUUUUUCUAGAUCUUUAUAGUCAGAGACGGUUGCAACCAUUGAAAUUCA